CGGGGCGGUCGCCGUGCGGAUGGCGGGGCAGGUGAAGGACCGCGAGGCCUUCCAGAGGCUCAGCUUCCUGUACCAGGCCGCCCACUGCGUCCUCGCGCAGAACCCUGAGAACCAGGCGCUAGCGAGGUUUUACUGCCACACGGAGAGGACCAUUGCGAAGCGGCUCGUCCUGCGGCGGGACCCAUCGGUGAAGAGGACCCUCUGUCGUGGCUGCUCUUCCCUCCUCAUCCCGGGCCUGACAUGCACCCAGCGCCAGAGACGCCGCAAGGGACAGCGCUGGACAGUACAGACCUGCCUAACAUGCCAGCGCAGCCAACGAUUCCUCAAUGAUCCCAGGCAUCUGCUUUGGGGAGACCGGCCUGAAGCCCAGCUGGGAAACCAGGCAGAUCCCAAACCACCACAGCCCCUGCCAAGCACAGCUCACCCCAUUCCGGCCCACCUUCCUGAGGAGAAAGUAGAGCCUCGGCCCCAAUCCUCAGUGAUGGAUUCAUCCUAUCUGCCAAAGAAAUAAAGUUUCACCUUGUUUAAUUCUGUUCUGUGGGGAUUUCAGGUCUUCAUUUCAUUUUCCUCUGUUUCUGUCCGUAUUUCUCUGUCACUGUGUAACUUUUCCUUUGUCCUUACCUUCCUUGUACUCCCACCAUGUGGGGAUGUCCCGACCUCUGUCAGCCAUGGGGCCCCACUAAGCAGCUCCCGUUUCCAGGACCCCAGGUGCAGUGCUUCCUCAGUGCAGUGCCACGUUUGGACUUCAGUUUCUAGAGCUAUCUGCAAGGUCUCAAGCCUUUUUAGGAGAUUGCAUCUUUAGAUAGUCUUACCGAGUGAAGGGCUGGACAGACUGCUGAUGCCACUGCUCUGUUUUUAAGUGAGGGUACAGAUAUGGGGGUACGAGGGGAGACAGUUCAGAUCAUCCAGUCCCACUUUUCCAA